AUGGGGUCUUCAAAUUUGGCCGUGCUAACCAAAUCGCACAAGAUUAUUGCUGCUAAACGACGGGCCAAGAAGGAACAGGUCAAAGAAAUUAUGUUCGACGAUGUUGCACGAAGAGAGUUUUUGACCGGGUUCCACAAGCGUAAACUGCAAAAGAAGGAGGUCGCCAAACAGAAAGCAAUGGAGAGAGAAAAGCAGGAGAGACUAGAGGCUAGGCGGGAGAAACGACAAAUGCUCGCUGAACGGGCAGUGCAGAAUGCGGCUGAGACAGAGCGGGCGUACGGCGCAGCCGUCAGCGAUGAAGAACACGAUGAAGAGGAGUGGGGCGGCAUAUCGAGUUCCGUCCCCAUCGACAAGGGGAAGGGCAAGCAGAAAGAAGACGAGUACGAGUACGAGGAACAAGUCGCCACGGUCACUGUGGUCGAGGACUUCGACCCAGACGAGCUGAUUCACGGACCGCGGUCGGGCAUACGGUCGCACUCACCUUCCGACGCGGAUGCAGACGGCGCGCGAGCGAUCAAUGCUGUCUCAGGCUCUCAGGCACGAGAAUCACAUCCGGCCGGUCGCGUUAUCGUGAACGCGAGCCAUAUGGCCCGCUCUGCGAACGGGCCAGCUUUAGUUGGUCGGGCAAAAUCAAAAUCAAAGCCCGCUACGAAGCCGAAGAACAUCAAGUACCAGACAAAUGCAGCUAGGAAGGCCGAUAGAUUGAAACAGCGUAGAAGAAAAAGCGAAAAGGCUGAGCGCGCAGGAGGCAAGGCGUCACGCAAAGACGGUGGGAGCCGCAAGCGACGGUGA